GGACUAAACUUGAACAGACGGAGAUGAAGCCCUGUUCAAGCAAAUACUGAGGGAGAGAGCGGCUUGUUUUACGGCGCAUUCUGUGGGAUAGGUCAUUAUCUCCAGAGCACAAGUCUGCCUCCCCCAGGACUCAGGCUCGAGGCUCAGGCGAGGCUCAGACUCGAGGCUCGAGGCUUAGGGGCGGGUCAGGUUCGAGGCUUAGGCUCGAGGCUCCUUCAAACUUCUCAGAGAGAAAAACUUUGACAGAACUUAGAGAAAAUUCACAUCCGUCACAUCUAGACACGAUGUAGUGGAGGUACUGCACGUCUGCACUUAUAACAAGUUCUUCUUCACGUGUUUAGGAGGAAACCUCCCUUUGGCCUCCUACACCAUGGCGCGCUUUGGAUCGAGAACAAUCGUAGAGGAGAUCAAUCCUGACUCACGGGAAUCACCAAAGGAGACUCACAGGAGUUACAUUCUAGGCGGUGACACUCUAGGCGGUCACACUAUACGUCACUCGGUUUUGGACAACUGGGAGCAGCUAGAUGCCAGUCUUCCCUACAUAACCCAAUUCCCCCCCAGUGUGCAGACCAGAUCAGAGUCAACAUGGACCAGAUCAGAGCCAACAUGGACCAGAUCAGAGCCAACAAGGACCAGAACAGAGCCAACAAGGACCAGAACAGAGCCAACAAGGACCAGAACAGAGCCAACAAGGACCAGAACAGAGCCAACAAGGACCAGAACAGAGCCAACAAGGACCAGAACAGAGCCAACAAGGACCAGAACAGAGCCAACACGGACCAGAACAGAGCCAACAAGGACCAGAUUACAGCCAAGGGAGCGCCCGCCCUGCUCAGAGCAGGUGAGUGUGGAGGCCGGUGGGGUGAUACCAAGGACCAGAGCGGUCAGUGUGAGGACGGUACUGCUGCAGACACAAGCUCCAUAUCGAGAAAACAUUCGUAAUGUGGUGCGUCACCAGUGUCCAGAGCUCAGGAGGUUCAUGAACCGUCGAUUUCCAGGUGAAUCCUUUCAGCUCGCCUUGAAGAAAGUGAACUUUAAGAAAGUCCAGCAGACGUUCAGUGAAGUGUUCCGCUUGAGGAAGCUGAUACGUUUGGGUGAAUCAGUCUGUGUUCUGUAUAUUGGGGACAUAUGCCAGGGCUCAGGCUUUGUGCUCACUGGGAAUCUCAUCCUCACUAACGCACAUUUGCUCUCUGAAGGGCUUUCGCAUGAUGGCAGAACCCUGACUGUACCAGUGAAGGCUGUGUUCAACUAUGAAAAUACCCCUGUUGAAAAUGAUUCACUUCUGAUCUGUGAAGUUUACAGUGAAGUCCUAGACUUGAACUGGAAAAUGGACUAUGCCAUUCUAUAUCUCAAUACACACAAAAAAGUCCCUCCAGGACUCCUGCUUCAUUUUGGGCCCAAACCAGAUGAUGGAGGGGCCUGUAUCAUUGGGCAUCCUGGUGGUCAGGUGAAAAAAAUUGAUCUUACAUUUAUCAUUGGGAAGAAUGAAAGACAAGAAGCUGCAAACCAACAACUAGAGCCUUUGGACAACUCAGAAAGAAUGGUCAUUGUUAAAAAAGCAGAAGAGCAGAACAUUGAAAACAUAUGGUGUUCAGACCUUGUGAUAACCUACAACACGUCCAACAUGUACCACGGCUCGUCCGGCUCCCCUCUGUUCGAUGACGAGUGCAGAGUGGUGGGCUUACACACUGCAGGCUUCACUUAUGGUUUCAAAGGGGAGAACCGCAGCAUCAUAGAGUAUGCUCAUCCAGUCCUGGACAUAUUCACAACAUUUGUGCAAAGUCUUGGAUCAAAGAAUAGAAGGGAUUUUUUGGAGGAGCUUGAACAAAGCUCGAGUAGCAACCCACAUUUGAGAGAAAUCUUUCAAGGCUUAGUUUAAACCCAUGUGCCGCCAUCGGGCCUUACAGUGUGUAAAAUUAUGAAAGACGACUCAGUAGCACCACCUCAAACUUAAAUUUUCAUAUAGCUAAUCUGAAAAUCUGAAAGUUUUUACGUUGAACAUGUCUGGACAUGCAAAAAAUGUGAUUAUGGCCUCACCCUAAACCUUACAGGAAUUCGGUCAUAUUGGAUGAAAUCCGAGAAAGAAGGCACGGCGUCAUAUUUAGGACAUCUCCUCGCGCAGUUUUCACCGUAAACACUUCAAAUUUGGCCAAAAGAUGUUAAACCCAUGUGCAAUUAAAGAUUACCAAUUAGAUUUUGAAUAUGACUUUGAGUGUGGUCAUGCUGAAUUUUCAAUAAAUAUAAAUUUUUUGAAAAUUUUAGAGAAAAAGGGUAUUUCUCUUUUCUCUUUUUUGUUUGUAAAAAGGCAAUAGAGCGUAACACAGUGAUAAGCAAAUCAAGGCACUGUGUAACAAAAUGAAAGUGAAAAAAGUUUGAAAAAUGACACGGUAGUGCCUAACAACACCAAUACAUUUUUUAACAAGGUUCUCAGGUAUGUCCUCAAUGACUUUUUUUUUCAGUAUUUCAAGCAGGAUUGUCUGUUUGCAAUCGACUUGCUAUGGCGACGUCCAGCAUACAAAUACAUGGGUUUUGACUCACUGGGAUGAAAAAAAAGUUUGUCAUAUAUCAUUGAAAUAUUCCCCAUAUCAUAAGACACAAAAAACCCAAUGAGGACAUACCUUUAUUUCCAACCAUACACAUGUGACAAUGUCAGAAAAAGUCUGAUUGAAAUGAAUGGACUAGUAACAUAUAGAUGCUGAUUUAAGGAGUUGCACAAUGUAAACGGGGACAUUUCAGUGUGCAUUUUUUUAGGAUGUAGAAUGGUCUACACAAGGACAUUCAACCCUGUAGCUAGCAUGUUCAGUUGAAAAAAUGCUGUAGAACAAAGUAUUUGAAAGAUAUAGAGCAGUGGUCGGCAACGUCCGGCCCGCGGGAAAAUGUUGGCCCUUUGCCAAUUUAUUUUGGCCCGCCAGAGGAUUUUGGACUUUCUUCCGGCAUUGAUUCUUUAAUACUGUCAUGAUCCGCUCCGUCUGCUCCACGUUUUUCCUCCUGUCCUGCUCGUUCCCUCCCUCACCUGCCGAGCUGGGCUGAGCUCCUGGCUCCUCCUGCGCGCACCUGCAGCUCAUCAGCGCAAUCACCACCACCUGCUGUGUAUAAGAGGAGGCAGGACCAGACACUCAGGGCGAGAUCAUCUGCGUUUCUACACCCUGUUCAGUGCCGGUUCAUCUUCGUUUCAGCCUCAUCCCGUUCGGUGCCGGAUCGUAUGUGCGUCUCCACCCAGCUUGCUGGACCGUCUCAGCUCCAGCGCUCCCGGCUCAGCUCCGACCCUGCUUCCACCCUGCUUCCCAGCCCUGGUACUGUCUGUUUUAUCUCUGCAUUCCGCGACCCCGGACCCUGGUUAGCACUCUGCGUCCUGCCCUGGUGCUGCCCGCAUCGUCAUCUCCGCUGCGCUCCACGUUCCGCUCCUGGAUCCUGGCCCGCCUCACCUCCUGCUCACCGCCGGAUCAACCCUCGAACUGCACCAUUUGUCAUUUCUUUAAUAAAUACUGUAAAUAUUCCCCGAGUCUGCAUCCUUUGGUCCGCUACACCCACCGUUACGACAAAUACCAAGUUAUGUGGGCACUGCUACGGGCAUUCCACUACCCAUGGUGUGCAUGUAACACAACAUUAAAAGCAAACAAUGAACUGGUGUGUACAUACACCUUCACCAGUCAAAAUCGUGGCUAACUGUUUUUGGACAUCUGGUGAGGCAAGUGUG